AUGUCAUGGGCGUUGAUUUAUGCAAUAUUACACUCCUUAGCGGUUGUGUGCGAAGGUUUUAUUAGCACAGAAGGAGAUAUAAGUAUUGUUAGGGAUUCUAACAUUCCAAAUAAUUAUCCCUUAGGAUGUUCAAAUAAAUAUAGUGGCCAUUUACCUGGAUUGAAGAUGGAACUGUAUAGUUACAAUUAUGUGAAUCCGAGACAUCCAGAUCCACAAAAUCCAGGAAAACUGGAUCAGCUAUAUGACCCCAACCUUUUGGGUACAUAUGAAUGCUUUGACUCCUCAUAUAAAGACAUAAACUAUCCAAGGGUUGGAUAUAAAUCAAAAACGUUGAUCGGUAGAUCUGAUGGGGUAUCUGGUAUUUUAAAUUUCAAUUUCGUCCCACCAUGGGGUUGUAUGCCACAGAAAGGCCAACUGCCACCGGCAUAUAACUUUAAGUCCAAUAUUACUUUGUCCAAUUUUACUAUGAUAUUGUUUGGCUAUUUUAAGCCAAAGAUUUCAGGCAACCAUAUAUUCUCUCUGCAUGGUGAUGAUCUAAUAUAUCUUAAUUUUGGUGCCGGCAAUGCCUUCGACUGUUGCAGACAAGAGAGUAGUGCAGAUAAUUUUGGUAAUUAUCAAGCUUUCAGUCUAUGGGGUAUAAACUGGGAAAAGAAAACGCUUACUGUGUACCUUGACAUGAAUACAUACUAUCCCAUACGGAUUUUCUACAACAACCGGGACUAUCAAGCAAUUUUUAAUUUUUCUUUCAAAACAGAAUUUGAUAGUAGCCCCGUCAUAGACUUCCAGGAUUAUUUUUUCUUCCUUCGAGAUAUUGAUGGGGGUUGCCCAGGAGAAGUUAGCUUUCAAACAACAUGUGGGAAUUUUCCUAGAACAAUAACAAAAACAGUAGACUAUGAAGUUGUGUCAAGCCAUCCAGUUCAGUUACCAUAUACAAAAACGAUAUAUCAUGUGCUUGUACCAUGUACCAGUAGUGUGGGUGCAACGAUAUGUACAGACGGUUAUUACGAUCCCAUAUCAAACAUAUGUCAUUCUUAUAGCUCUAUGAUAAUCAAAAAAUUAUCAUCAGUUUUACCUUCAAGCUCUAUCUCAUCUGGGCUAAGGCUAAGCUCUUCGAGCACAUUUUCAUCGAUUCCAAUGCCAUCAGUGACAACAUCAAAGAUAAUGUCUAGCAGAUUUGAAGCACCUUUCGGACCUAGGAUAGGAACUUGGGAUCUCGAGGACAAACCAGAACCUGCUUCUAAACAGCUUGGAGAUUUCAUAGUAGAUAUAAAUGGGAUGAGCAGGUCUCAUUUAGCUCAGUUUUCGGUUAAUCUGCCGUCUAAUGACACCCAGCGCCCAUAUUCUAAACGAAAUUCAAGCUUCUUUCCUUCAAAUCUCUCUGAUAGAGAACCAGCAACACCGACAUCAUGGAUAUAUAUGGAAACCACAGUUGAUCCAUUAGUUACUUCCUUGAGCCCACAACAAGAAAAUAAAACACAUCAGAAGCAACUAUCAUCGCCAUAUUUUUUCGCCUCUAGUGUUGAUCGAUCAUUAAAUUCUUCAUAUAAAUCUAGCUCGCUAUACUUAGAUCACAUUCUUCGAUCCUCUUUUUCUUCAUCCAUGAAGCUGCACCAAUCGCGGGAUUAUGCAUCUGAAAAACAGAAACUUUCAUUUAGCGAGCAACAAUCAUCUACAUCAUCAAAAGUUCUUGCUUCUAAACUGAAAGACAUGAGUGAUAGAUCUUCCACGAAUUACAGUAUUGUCAGGCAUGCAACUCCCCAUCCAAAUUUUUCCCAAAUACAAAGAUCACAGCCAAAAUCUAAAUAUAGUUACUUGAACUCAACUGAAAGCAUUGAUGGAAUUCCUACUGCACAUAAGUUUAUGUCAAAGUUACCGGAAUUAAGGUCACAGUUCACUAACUCUCCAUUGUUUACAAAGAUGGGUGCCAUAGGCAAUCACUCACCACAAUUUGUGUCUGAAUAUUCACACUACUCAUCAUCAAUGGAUAAUUUGAGCAUUGGAUCGGAUACUCUAGAAUCAUCUAACUUAAGCCGUUCCUCAAUCGCGAGUAACCCAGUUAAUUCGAGUUAUUUUACUAAUGAUGUGUUUGAAAUAACUCAACUAAAUAAUAAAACCGACAGCAGAUCAAUACUCUAUGGAGACGAUACAAGCACACAGACUGCAAUCUCUGAAAGUACACCAGCGUCUGGAAUUUCAGUUCCUACACUAAUCAACAUCACGAGGAACUUAGUGCAUGUUAUAAAUGUCACAGCAGAAGAACUUAACUGGAACACUCCACCGGCUGUGGACAAAAAUGAUGGCAGCUCAAAUUUGAUUACUAUUAAGUGGUUCUCAGAUGUAUCAACUUUGUUUUCAUACGUUAUAGGUAUGGCUGAUGAUCAGGAUAAUAUAUACACGACUAAUUGUUGUGGUUCAUGUCAUCAUCAUUAUCAUAUUCAUAGUAUCAAUCUACCCACUUUCACAGAUUUCUAUUCAAGAGUAGACACCAAUAAUGAAAAUUCAAAUCUUGGAAUUCAAACAUUAAAUGACACGUUUAACUUAAUUAGUUCUCUAACACAUAAUGGAGGAUCUACAUUUUUAAAAGCCUCAAUAUCAUAUUUGAGCCUUACAGAACUAAUAAUAGGAGUAAUUCUCUUAUGUUGA